AUGCCCUCCUUUCAUGGCAGCUGCGCACAUGACCACGAUUGCGAGGCCCAGGACUGCAGCAGCGCGUGGUCCCUUUACCAGCACAUUGACACGCAGCGGGUGCGGUGCCUCAAUGAGGCCGUGGAGGGGUCGUGCCGCAAGGUGUUUAAGCCGUGGCAUCUGCGGCUAGAGACCAGCAGCGGCACGCAGCUAGACAGCGAGGAGGACGACCCCGAGCUGCUGCUGCACGUGCCCUUUGACGGCGCCGUCAAGCUGACAGGCAUCACCGUCAUUGGCGGCCCCGACGGCGCCAGCCCUUCCAAGCUUAAAGUCUACAUAAACCGGGACGACCUCGACUUUGCCACCGUGGCUGACCUGCCGGCAGUGCAGGAGUGGGAGCUGCUGGAGAACUACAGCGGCCAGAUCGAGCACCCCAUGCACGCCGCCAAGUUCAGCGGCGUGCACAGCAUCGACCUGCACUUCCCCGCCAACUUUGGCGCCGCCCGCACCACCGUCACCUUCAUCGGCCUGCGCGGCGAGUUCACCGAGCGCAAGCGGCAGGCGGUGGAGGCGGUGUACGAGUCGAAGCCCAUGCCGCAGGCAAGCACGGACCACAAGGUGCCGGAGCAGCAAGGAGCGGGGUGGAACCUGGGCAUGUAG